AUGUACUCCAAAUUUUGGCCAAAGGGUGGCCUUCCUGGCAUUCUGCAUCAUUACACUGAGACCCUUGUCACAUUUGAAUACGCAUCCAGUGCCUCUCGUCAACCUAACAGCCUCCUUUUUGUCGGAGGUCUUGGCGAUGGUCUUGCAACUACUUCCUAUGUGUGUGAUCUUGUCCGCGCGCUCCAGCCAACAGAAUGGUCACUUUUCACUCUCAACCUCACAUCCUCUUACCAGUCAUGGGGUCUCGGACACCUCGAUCGAGAUACGGACGAGAUCGCGCAAUGUUUGAAUUAUAUCAAAGAAUACAAGACAUCCAAAUUCGGCAGCGGCAAGAUUGUCCUGAUGGGUCAUUCAACUGGUAGCCAGUGUGUUAUGCACUACUUGUCUCGGCCCAAUCCCCACACAAGUACGCCGUCGUUUGAUCCGGAUCUCGAGCACAUUCUUCGCAUGCCACUUGAUGGUGCAAUUAUGCAAGCGCCCGUAUCCGAUCGAGAGGCAGUGCAAUGGGUGUUGAGCGAAGGAAUCGGUGGCAAAACUGGCGACGAAAUUAGGCCAGUGUAUGAGAAAAUGGUCGCAAUUGCAAAGGAGAGCGUCGCGAAGGGCGAGCCUCACGAUACAAUGCUCCCUCUCUGGAUGACGUCUCAUAUCUAUCCGGCGAACACCGCAAUCAGCUGCCGCAGACUGUUGAGCUUGAUCAGCCCCGACAGUCCUCAAUCACCGGGCGAAGAUGACCUUUUCAGCUCUGAUCUAAGUGACGAGCAACUCAAGACAACGUUUGGAAUGAUCAAUGAACGGGGGUUGCUCAAUCACAAAUUGAUGGUCUUGUUUUCGGGUGCGGAUCAAGCGGUUCCGGAAUGGAUUGACAAGGAGAAGUUGUUAUCGAGAUGGCAGGGAAUCACGGAUCACAAUGGCAAAUAUCAGAUUUGGGAUCAGGAGCAUAGUGCUAUCAUCCCUGGGGCAUCUCAUGCAUUGAGCAACGACGAUCAAGCCAAGCCACGGGAGUUCCUCGUGGAUAAGGUCCUUGGUUUUUUGACAUCGGCAGAGAAAGUCUAA